CUCAACUCAGUUUCAAUCAUUAUAAUUAUUUCUUCUCUUCGUUAAACGCUUUUCUGUCUUCUCCUUCCUUUCGAAAAAUCUUUUUUUGCGAACUUGGAUCGUCUUCAGCAAUGGAGAUCAGGCCUUGGAAUCCUCUUUCAAGAGGCAUUAGAUUUUUCCCUACUGAAGUUGAACUGGUCCAUUACUAUUUGGCUAACAAAGCCACGAACAAGCCUUUUCAAGAUCCCACCAACAGAUUCCAAGAAGUCGAGCUUUACAACUACACCCCUCACCAACUCAAUGAGAGAUAUGGAGGACUACAUAAAGAAGCAGAAAUGUAUUUCUUCGUUAAGAAAGUGUUGAAGCAUCGAAAAGGAAAACGUCUUGAACGUAGAAUAACUAAUAAUAGUGGAUAUUGGAGAUCUACUACUUCAGAGAUAGACAUAAAACUCGCCGGAAAUUUAGUUGGACAUAGGAAGAUCUUAGUUUACUACAGCAGAGACGAAGGAAAGACCAACUGGCUCAUGUAUGAAUAUAGAUUGCCUGAUAAUAAUAUGGUGCAGGGUGAUGAUUGGCUGCUUUGCCAGGUGUAUCUAAAUGAAAUGGAGGAAACUAAGUAUAAGACUCAGCUUAACUUAGCCUUGAAGUCUGCAGCUAUGAUCAACUUUCUGACAAAGACAGCAAACAAGCAGGGCAAUCCACGGUUGUCAUCAGCUCCAACCAUGAAAUCAAAACAGCUAGAUUCCGAUCGAAUUGUUCCUUCUCAUCUCGGGUCUAUUUCCACUGAUUUGCUGUUUAAGAAGGCUAAAUCUGCUCCAUUGUAGAUUUUCCUUCAAAUAAACUUAAGAUGGUUUUAUUGUUUUCUAUUUGAUAGUCUCUUUGUUUAGUGCCUUAUGUGUGUUGGGCAGAAUUUCUUUGCAUGAAAUAUUUUAUGUUUUAAUCUGGAAACUUUGGGUUGAGAAUUGGUUAUUAAACUAUAGUACUACUGAUGCAUCACAUUCUCUCCUGUUAACUAAGGUUGGAUAUUGAGUUAUCUUGUGUACUAAACUUAGCCAGUGAA